UCUCUUCCUCCUGGGCGACGGUACUGGUCAAGUGAGGUCGUUCGUAAACGGUGGAAAACGGUGCUCAGGUGGGGGACAACAUGCAGACCUUCGGCAUAUUCACGGUAGUCCUUACGGCGUACUGCGUCCGGGCGACGGUGUACUUCCAGGAACAGUUUCUCGAUGGAGAUGAAUGGAGAACCCGCUGGGCAGACUCUAAACACAAGUCUGACUAUGGACCGUGGAAACUAACGGCUGGCAACUUCUAUGGAGAUGCUGAGAAAGACAAAGGUCUUCAAACAAGCCAAGAUGCUCGUUUCUAUGCUACAUCGGCUAGAUUUGAGCCCUUCAGCAACGAAGGAAAAACUUUGGUUGUGCAGUUUACAGUUAAGCACGAGCAAAAGAUUGACUGUGGUGGCGGCUACGUCAAGAUCUUCCCCUCCGACCUGGACCAGGCUGACAUGCAUGGAGAAUCUCAGUACUACAUUAUGUUUGGCCCCGAUAUCUGUGGCUACAGCACCAAGAAGGUUCAUGUCAUCUUUAACUACAAGGGCAAGAACCAUCUCAUCAAGAAGGAGAUUAAGUGCAAGGAUGAUGAGCUGACUCACCUGUACACGCUGAUACUGAAAUCUGAUCAGACCUAUGAGGUGAAAAUCGACAAUGAGAAGGUAGAAUCGGGUAGCCUAGAGGAAGACUGGGACCUUUUGCCUCCUAAGAAAAUCAAAGACCCCGAAGCCAAGAAGCCCGAAGACUGGGAUGAUCGUGCCAAGAUUGAUGAUGCUGAUGACACUAAGCCUGAGGACUGGGACAAACCUGAGAACAUUCCAGACCCAGAUGCCAAGAAACCUGAUGACUGGGAUGAGGAUAUGGAUGGAGAAUGGGAGCCACCCAUGAUCCCCAACCCUGAGUACAAGGGAGAGUGGAAACCCAAACAGAUUGACAACCCAAACUAUAAAGGGUCAUGGGUCCACCCUGAGAUUGACAAUCCCGACUACAGUCCUGAUUCAACCAUUUACAAGUUUGACAGCAUUGGUGUUUUGGGCCUGGAUCUGUGGCAGGUGAAAUCAGGCACUAUCUUUGACAACUUCCUGAUCGCAGACGACGUAGAGGAAGCUGAAGACUUUGCCAAGGAGACCUGGGGUGUCACAAAGGAACCAGAGAAGAAAAUGAAACAGGAGCAGGAUGACCAGAAACGAAAGGAGGAUGAAGAGAAAAACAAAGAACAAGAUACAAAGGCAGAUGAUGGUGAGGAUGAAGAUGAAGAUGAAGAUUUUGGUGAUGAAGAUGGGGAGGAGGAUGGAGAGCCUGACGAGGACAGCCUUCCAGAAAUUGAUGAAGAGGAAGUUAAAAAUAAAGACGAGCUAUAAGGAGGCCUGGGUAGAGUUUUGUCCACCUUUUUGGAGACACUCUGUAAUUUUCCAGGGAGAAUUGUGGCUGCUAUGCAUCCAUUCCCUGAGAGCAGGACAUGGCCCGACUCGGGUGACAAACUUCCUGAUGGGGUUAAAUUGGUGUUGAUAGACUUAGAAUAAGUUUUUGAAAUUGGUUGCGUAUGUUUUCCCAGAAUUUUUCAGUAGACUUCAAUGUUUUACACAUUCUGUGCAUCUAAUCCCAUCUGUCAGGCUCUCUAUAGAUAUAUUUUGAUAUGACAAUUUAAUAUGGAGCCAUUGGCAUCUAUUGUGUUCUUGGUUCAAAGCCACCCAACUUUAUCUUGCAGACUUUCAGAAGGUUAAUAGUCAAUCUAUAACCUACCUUGGCCGUUUAUGAUAUCAAGUAGUUUCACAGUUAACCACUGAAUACUAAAAUCAGGGUAGGAACCUUUUCUCAUGACAUCUGUAUUUACUGUGGAAAGAACCAGAUUUAGCGAUUCAUAAUGCAAUAUUGUUGUGAAUUAUUUGCAUUACAUCUUUGGCACUGAUCUCUAUAUCAUUUCCCUUCCCUUGCAUUCUGUGAUUUUUCAUAUUGGCUAGUCCUUGCCUUAAAUGUUAAAAUGAUACUUAUUUGAAUGUUGCAACGAAUUUUGGCAUAAACAAAUUCCCGUUGAGGUGCAUAAUGAGACAUGUUUUUUUUCUACUUAAAACUGCAAAUCAACAACCUGUAUAUUUUUCUUCAGUAAUGUGUGUGCAUGUGGGAGAGAGAGGCCUACAUUCCAUCCUUUAAACUACCAUCAGGUCCUUCUCUGGCACGUCACUUGGAAUCAGUCAUUUCUAUUGGACAGAAUGUUAUUGAUACCAAAGUUUUUAUUAAAACGGUUUAUAAACGUU